AUGGGAGUUCUCAGGAAGACUUCCCUAAACAAGCGGCCUGACCCCAGCCUCUACUACAACCCUAACCCCAGCCUCUACCACAAGCCUAAUCCCAGCUUCACGUCUACAUCUUGGUUCAAGCCUGACCCCAGCCUCUACUACAACCCUAACCCCAGCCUCUACCACAACCCUAAUCCCAGCUUCACGUCUACAUCUUGGUUCAAGCCUGACCCCAGCCUCUACUACAACCCUAACCCCAGCCUCUACCACAACCCUAAUCCCAGCUUCACGUCUACAUCUUGGUUCAAGCCUGACCCCAGCCUCUACUACAACCCUAACCCCAGCCUCUACCACAACCCUAAUCCCAGCUUCACGUCUACAUCUUGGUUCAAGCCUGACCCCAGCCUCUACUACAACCCUAACCCCAGCCUCUACCACAACCCUAAUCCCAGCUUCACGUCUACAUCUUGGUUCAAGCCUGACCCCAGCCUCUACUACAACCCUAACCCCAGCCUCUACCACAACCCUAAUCCCAGCUUCACGUCUACAUCUUGGUUCAAGCCUGACCCCAGCCUCUACUACAACCCUAACCCCAGCCUCUACCACAACCCUAAUCCCAGCUUCACGUCUACAUCUUGGUUCAAGCCUGACCCCAGCCUCUACUACAACCCUAACCCCAGCCUCUACCACAAGCCUAAUCCCAGCUUCACGUCUACAUCUUGGUUCAAGCCUGACCCCAGCCUCUACUACAACCCUAACCCCAGCCUCUACCACAAGCCUAAUCCCAGCUUCACGUCUACAUCUUGGUUCAAGCCUGACCCCAGCCUCUACUACAACCCUAACCCCAGCCUCUACCACAAGCCUAAUCCCAGCUUCACGUCUACAUCUUGGUUCAAGCCUGACCCCAGCCUCUACUACAACCCUAACCCCAGCCUCUACCACAACCCUAAUCCCAGCUUCACGUCUACAUCUUGGUUCAAGCCUGACCCCAGCCUCUACUACAACCCUAACCCCAGCCUCUACCACAACCCUAAUCCCAGCUUCACGUCUACAUCUUGGUUCAAGCCUGACCCCAGCCUCUACUACAACCCUAACCCCAGCCUCUACCACAACCCCAAUCCCAGCUUCACGUCUACAUCUUGGUUCAACCCUGACCCCAGCCUCUACCACAACCCUAAUCCCAGUUUCACGUCUACAUCUUGGUUCAACCCUGACCCCAGCCUCUACCACAACCCUAAUCCCAGCUUCACGCUCUACUCCAACCCUAACCCCAGCCUCUACUCCAACCCUAACCCCAGCCUCUACUCCAACCCUGACCCCAGCCUCUACCACAACCCUAACCCCAGCCUCUACCACAACCCUAGGCUCUACUCCAACCCUAACCCCAGCCUCUACUCCAACCCUAACCCCAGCCUCUACUCCAACCCUGACCCCAGGCUCUACCACAACCCUAACCCCAGCCUCUACCACAACCCUAGGCUCUACUCCAACCCUAACCCCAGCCUCUACUACAACCCUAACCCCAGCCUCUACCACAACCCUAGCCUGUACUACAACCCUGACACCAGCCUCUACCACAACCCUGAACUCUACUACAAGCCUAACUCCAGCCUUUACCACAACCCGAGCCUCUACUACAACCCUAACCUCUACUACAACCCUGACCCCAGCCUCUACCACAACCCUGACCCCAGGCUCUACCACAACCCAGACCCCAGCCUUUACCACAAUCCUAACCCCAGCCUCUACCACAACCCUGACCCCAGGCUCUACCACAACCCCAGGCUCUACCACAACCCUAACCCCAGCCUCUGCCACAGUCCUAAACCCAGCCUCUACCACAACCCUGACCCCAGCCUUUACCACAAUCCUAACCCCAGACUCUACCACAACCCUGACCCCAGCCUCUCCUACAACCCUGACCCCAGACCCUGCCACAACCCUGACCCCAGCCUCUGCCACAACCCUGACCCCAGCCUCUACCACAACCCUGACCCCAGCCUCUACCACAACUCUGACCCCAGCCUCUACCACAACCCUGACCCCAGCCUCUACCACAACCCUGACCCCAGACCCUACCACAACCCUGACCCCUGCCUCUCCUACAAUCCUAACCCUAACCCUAGGCUCAACCAAACCCAAGCUCUUGCCUUAUGUUAA